UCUUCUUUCUAAUGCAAUCUCACUCUCUCUGCUGCCUGGAGUGGAGAAGACAGGAUAGCAGUAGGAUCUUUAGGAGACAGAGAGAUAUAUAGAUAGAGGGGCACUAGGCUUAGCUGAGCUGAGAGCACUUGACCCAGUUACAGAUGGAGUAGAGAUGGAAAACAGAGGCCUGCUGCGUUAAGACAGGCAGACGGACAGACGGCAGGACGGAGACCCGGGCGGUGGCUGCGAUUGGCGGCUCGGCGGCAGGCUGGUGGAAGAUGUCGUCGGGGGCCGGCAGGCGGGCGUGCGAGGCAGAGGAGGGCCCAGUGGGCAUCCCCUUUCCUGAGCACAGCGCCGACCUGCUGGAUGGCUUGAACCGGCAGCGGCUCAGUGGCCUGCUGUGUGAUGUGCUGCUGGUGGUACAGGAGCGCGAGUUCCCCGCCCACCGCUCGGUUCUAGCAUCCUGCAGCUCCUAUUUCCACAAACUCUUUACCUCAGGCCUGGCUGCUGAGCGCCAGAGUGUAUACGCACUGGACUUUGUGCAUGCUGAGGCGCUUGCAGCACUGCUGGACUUCGCCUACACAGCUACACUCACUGUCAGCCGUAGCAGUGUAGCUGACAUCCUAAGUGCUGCCCGUCUGCUUGAGAUCUCCCCUGUCCAAGAAAUCUGCACACACUUGCUCGACACCAAAGUGCUCUCCCUUCCGACGGGCAGCGAGCGAAGAGAGGACGACCUGGAAGAGGACGGAAAGUGUGGAAGGAGAAGCCGAGAGCAGGGCAACCGGCUACGUGCUCGCGAGUAUCUGGAAUUCUUCCAGAGAGGGGCGCACUGGAGCAGCAGCUGCAGUACGCCAGAGCUCAGGGACAUGCCCGCACACCUGCACUUUAGCCAUCGCAAUGGCGCUGACAGCAAUGGCACGCCGUCUAACUACUUCCCUCCCCCAGGAGCAGGGCUGGUGAUACAGCCUCCACCAGAAUUGGAGGAUGAUCCAGAUGAGCAGCAGGACGCCAAGGACGUGCUGAUCUGGGCUCGAGGGAAUGGCACUGAAGCGCUUUCGCGCUUCUAUGCCCCAUCAUCACAGAAUGGACACUUCUACCUCCAUCAAUCCGAGCCCAAGGCAGAGCGGGAAGCAGAGGUGGAGCGAGAAGUGGAGCGAGGGCCUGCCAGUGCUCUCCUGCAGCAGAUGAUGGACUCUAUAGAGCGGCAGAAGGAGAGGCCAGCUGGAGCUGAAAAUGAGGGUGCUGACGGGGAUGAGCCUGAUGUGGAGUUUUACUUGAAGUACUUUAACAGUGUGCAGCGUGAGGAGUCAACCGUUCCACUCUGGGCCUCAGUGCGAGGUGGAGAAGGUAGAGGCACUGGAGGCCAACCUAGCACAGGGAAUGCAGGCGGUGAGAGAAAAAUGCGCUCCAAGGCCUUCCAGAAGUGCCCUAUUUGCUCCAAGGUCAUCCAGGGUGCUGGCAAACUACCCCGCCACAUCCGCACGCACACUGGAGAGAAGCCCUAUGAGUGUGCCAUCUGCAAAGUGCGCUUCACUAGACAGGACAAGCUCAAGGUUCACAUGCGCAAACAUACAGGAGAAAAGCCUUACCUGUGCACACAGUGUGGUGCCGCCUUCGCUCACAACUAUGACCUGAAGAAUCACAUGCGUGUACACACAGGCUUACGCCCCUAUCAGUGCUCCAGCUGCUUUAAGACCUUUGUGCGCUCGGACCAUCUUCACCGCCACUUGAAGAAGGAUGGCUGCAAUGGCAUCCCGUCUCGUCGUGGGCGCAAGCCUCGUGUACGAGAACCAGAUGUGCUUGAAGCACCUCUGGAGCCAACCGGUGCAGGGCUGAGAUCCAACAGGGGCCAACUGCAUCCAGAGGAUGAGGAUGAUGAAGAGGAGGAGGGCAUCGGUGUGGUUGUUAUGGAAGGAGUCACAGAGAGCCACACACAUAGCCCGCUGGCUGACGGAGAGGCUAGAGGAGAUGCAACUACAAGGCAAAGAGACGCCAAAACACCAUAAAUUACACACUCUGGUGUUGCACAGAAAUCAUAGAAAAAAGAAAAUCAGUUGUGAGAAAAAAGCUACAACUCCAUGCUUCUCUUUAAAAACCAAAUCAGGGUGUCCCAAAAAUCUAAUCUCUUAUUUUACAUCUUUCAUUCUUUUUUUUUUUCCCUUUAACAUUCAGCAUAGAGACCUGAAGCCACAGUUCCUGGCCUGUUGAAAGAGUGAAGAGCACUUGACAUCACUCACCUGUGCUGUCUCUGUCUUUCUGGGUGUCCAUUUUUGAUUUUGUCUUUUUAAAUUAACUUUGGCGUAAUCGCUUGUCCAUAUGCAUACGAGACAUCGGAGCUACUAUGCAGUUAAAACAGGUUCCUCAUCUCUGGGUUGUGUCCACAGGGCUUUGUCUUAAACAAGUGAGGUGUCAAACACCUGGCUGAUCAUGGCUGCUAAUGCAACAGGUAAACAAAGAUUGAUCCAAGAUGUGGGAGAAGCAACAAACAAAUCUUUCUUUUUUAAUGCAGUGAAACAUAUGUACAUAUACCAUAAAGAAAAGGUUCUAUUGUCUCAGAUCAAUAUGGCAAUAUUAUGCAAUUCUGAUGCAGCACCUUCUUUAUAAAUGUUCCAGAAAGAAUCUGACAGGGGUUUGAUUUUAAGUGUUACUUUCUCUAUAAAGAAUAUAGAUGGUUAUGUCUUUUUAAAAUGUUAACAUUUUGAGGCAAAACCUAUUAGGCCAUGGGAGGAAGAGAUAAAAGGAGGUUCUGUGUUUCUGAAGCACUACCUUCAUCAGUUUGCCACUGAGCAAAUCCAUGUUGAAUCUUUUACCUCUCAGCCUGUUUUUCCUCCUUUUGGAAUUCUUGGGUUGUUUUUCUUGUCUUAUUUUUGUCAUUGUUGAUGUUUUCAUUUGAUUUGGCUGUUUUGGGUACUUGACACUUUACAUUGUAUACAUGUGUGUAUAUAUUAGGUGAUAAUGAUAUCGGUCCCUUUAUAAAAGGUUUAUUACAGAUUGAUAGAGUUAUAUCUUCAGCUUCACUCCAGACUCCUGAGCGAAGCUUAUAAAGGGUCAAAGGCUGUUUGAAUGUAUGAGAACAUUUAAUUGAGGAACCCAUUUUGUCCUAAACUCAGCACUUGACAGUACCGGGCAAGUUCCAUCCCAAAGCAUGAAUUGUGAUCUGGGUAUAUGUAUGUGUGUGUGUGUGAGGGAGAGAGAAAUGUUGAGUGAAUCUGCCAAGGUUAGCGAGCUCAGUGAGAGAAAGGAUGCUGUUUUACAGACAGCUGCUGCACAAAGGCUGAGAAUGUUUUCUCUUUCCAAGCUUGGGAAGGAAGGCAAGAGAGAUGAGCACCUUUUAUGCUUUUGCACAGCUUUACUAAAGAUUUAAUCCCAAUGGAGAAAGAACGAGAGAGAUUUCUAUAUAAGAGAGAGAAGGGAGGUUAGAAGUACUUGUUCCAACAUUCUGCCCAUGGGACCACACAUCCACUGGACGAUUGAGGUAAUGAGAUGAGCAAUAAAUACUUGUUUGGGAUGGAAGGCCAAAUCGAGGGAGAAGGGGGGUUCAGCGUUCCAUUCAUUUUGCGAGUGUUGAUCUCUGGAACGGUGCAACACUGUCCUUUGGACACAUCCUAAGCCACGUGACUCAAUCCCCGGGGCUGGGAGAGUAAGCAUGUCAGGUUUGUGGGCACAUCCAGACAUGCUUACCUCCAAAAUCUGGCAUUGUGACUGCAGUCGCCUCCAUUUUUAUUAGAGUGACGGCCUAUCAUAGCAAAAUUCCAAAAGUGCUCGAUGGACUUUACAGACCUCAAAUAGAGUUGCCUCAUUUGGAGAACACAGAGAAAUAUCUUGGUGUAAUUGCUGGUGGCAGUGGCUAGAGUUUAAAGUUUGUAAUACAGUUUGUGAGGCAGACAUUAUCACCCACUUUGCCAUUGCUGCAGCUGCAGUGCUAUGCCCAAUGUUUCAGUCCUUUGCACCUUAAGGGGAGCAGCAGGUUUUGAUUGCACUUUGUUACUGAGAAGGGCACUUUUUUGUCAAAAUAAACGGGUACUUUGAAACAAAAGAGAGAAUGUGCUUAAAAAAAAAAAAAAGAAAAAAAAAAAGACACCCAUCCAUGUCAUGAUGCUUAGCUUGGUUCUUUGUUUUUUGAAGACUGGCUGCCAAAAUACAAUCUGUACAGUCAAAUGUUGCAGGGUUAUCAUGUUGAGUUUCCAAAAUGGUGUGUGACCUUGAUUAGAAAACAAGCAGACUUUUAAAAAGACACCCUUAAAAGAAGAUAUUGCCCUUAUAUCUGAUUGCACUUGAAGUUUUCAUUUGAUGUAUAUGUUUUUUCUUUAUACAUGUCUUAAAAAUGCAGAAUGGGGUUAAUGGUGGUGCGGCUACAUGCUUGUGUAUGUGUGUGAGUAUGCGUGUACCUGUGAGAAUGUGUGUUUGGGUGCUUGCGAGUGUUCAGGGGUCUUCCAGUAAUUCUUAAUACGCAUAUUCCAAUUAGACAGUUGACCAGUUCAUUACUCUGGUUUAUAUCAUAAUGUGCAGAGAUCAGACUGCCUGUUAUAGUCUAACUCCAAUUUAUACUCAGUGACAACCUGUGCAGGGUUUGUAAUAAAAGGGAUGUGUUAGGUUAAGGUUGCUAUUGCAAGGCCACACUCUAAACAGUGCUAACUGCAGAGUGAACCUUGUUUGUUCCAACCCACGUUAUGUGACCAGUCUGUCCAGAAAUUCCAAGGAUUUAAAAUGCACUUUGGUUUGAUUAUUGGGAGCAUGGCUUCUGGCUGUCCAUGAACCUAAAUGCUAUACUAAAACUAUCUGUGACUCAACUUGCAGCUGCACAACCCAGAGAGCAGAGUGAAGUUGCGUGUGAUGAAAAUUAGCCACAGCCCAAAACCAUGCCCCUUAUAACAAGUUAAGUAAUAAUCAUUAAGAAAUGUAAAUUUACUUGAGUUCUUUCUUUCAUAAUUACUGUCCUUUUUGCUGCCUGUUUACUAGAUGAAAUGAGUCUUUUCUUUUUACCCUGCAAGGGUUGUUGAUACACUUACGUUUAAGUUAAUGGCUCUUGUAUGAUUUGACGUGUAUAGGAGAGGGACCUAGUUUUUGGUGGCUCAGCUGGGGUGAUAUGUAGCCUGACAGCACUGGAUAUGGUGCUAUAGUUGAAACAGCAAGAAUUUUUUGCACUAAAAGUCCUUAAAUAAUAAGGACUGGUUAACUCGGCAAGGCCUUUGAGUUUCCAUGAACACAGAAUUAAACCUAAUUUGUCUGCUUCAUUUCCCUUUUUUUUAAUACCUCCCUUAAUAUUAUUAUUAUUAAUAUUAUUAUUAUUAAUCAUUAUAAAUCCAAAGUAGGUAAAGACCUGGAUUACUUGAAAUUUUUUUUAAACUUGUAUCUGAAUAAGCUUGCUGUCUCUUUCUUACUUAAUCUAAUGAUUGCAUCAGAUAACAUUUCCAAAUAACGCCAACAUUAUUGAGCAACAUAACUUGUUCAAAAAGUAGUGUGGUUAAAAAAAAAAUCUAAAGCACAUACUACAUGUCAGUGAAACCACAACACAAGACACACAGUGGUGGAGCAUUUAGGACAUUGUCUAACUUAACAGAUACUGUUAACUGGAUAAAACGCUAAAUAACUUUAUAACUUAUUUGACUAAGUAAUGACACAUCUGUAGGUUCAUAGCAGCUCACUGGCCUUGUUUGGGACUUAAACAUUGUAUAAAUGGGUCCAUGAGGAGUCUGAGGGAGGCUGUGUUUAAACCUGACUAAGUGGAGAGGGAACUGUGCAAGAAUGUGCCUUAAGAUGGGAGGCUAUCAGGAUUAUUGUUCUUGUUAAUUCCCGUAAACAACCACACCAGAAUGUUUGAGCUGGUUAUAUGAGGCAAUGCAAGGGUGAAAUGUAGGGUUGGGCAAUGUGACAAUAUAACAUGAAUAUUAUGAUUAUGAUUAUGAUAUUAUGAUAUUACAACAUAUACAAAUCGUAGGCAUUGUCUGUACAUUUUAUAACCUUUACGGAUUCUGUCGUUACACAGAUAUUCCACUAGCUGAUUGGCUGUUAUAGUGUUUUUUCCCUGUUUCUCCUUUGUUAAAUCAUUAGUUGUUUAGAUAUUAAAUAAGCAUUAACUGAAGCCAUGUUUCUAUAUAGGUUUUUAAACUGAGCAUUUCUAUUUUGCUUGCACUUUAUCAAGCAUAAACAUCACAAUAUAGAUGUGAUGUGUUAAAAUGUCUUUAAGAGUAUUGUCAUUUCGCCCAAUCCUAGUGGAAAGCGCCAGUCUUCACUCCUCUUCAUAAAAGGUUGAUGUCUCAGCUCCCUUUUAUGACUCCUAAGAUAGAUGCUACAAUAAGAUGGUGUCUUUAAAAGAAAUUGUCACUUGUAAUAUCUAAAUAUUUGUCUUUGUAUUAUUUAUUUGUCGGGUUCUGGACAACCAAUAAAAACACAUGCAAAGACGGUGA